ACUCUAAAAAAGGUCGAUUAGGUUUAUCUGGACGUAGCGUUUUUAGUUCACUCAUCCCAGUGACUUCUUCAGUCUCAGCUGACUGCAGGCUUUCCCAAUCUUAUAAAGGUUUUUAUAAGGUUAGGAUUUGGGGAUUUACUUACCUGGAUGACUGAGCAUGCAUCAGGAUACUCUUUCACUCAUUUUCAGUCCAGUCGUUGUACCUGACCAUUUUUUUGUUUGUUGAGCCACUUAACACUUCUGAACACGUUCACAUUCAAGCAGUAUUCUGAUCCUGAUUAAAAAAGGUGACUGCCUGACAGAAUCCAUUUUAAACUGCACCAAAAUUAGUGCUGUCAGCGUUAAUCUCGUUAAAAUGACGUUUAUGCCAUAACCGCAUUUAAGGCUGUGCGAUAUGACCAAAAUCUCAUAUCCUGAUAUAAGACAUCUAUCGUCCCGAUAACGAUAUAAAUCACAAAAAUGUAACUUUUUUUUGGUAAAUUCUGUGAAUCUCGGGCAGCUCGACUUGCGUGAAGUGUUUCCAGCUGGGUGUCAUGUACCUGGAGUCGAGUGGUUUAACUGAUGCAUGAAACUAUACAUUUUUAGACAUAAGUUGUAACGGUCGCCGUUUUCUUUGUGAGUAUUUAUUACACGGCGUGCUGCGGGGAAAAGCCUGUUCUAACGUUUGAGUCUAAGGUUUAUUUUUUAGCACCUGACGGCUCUUUUUUGCUUCUCAUCUGUAAACACUCUGGAUACUCUUUCACGUGAUUCAGCCUAUUUUGAAAAGUCUCAACAGGAUCUUGAGCUUUAUUGUGAAAGGUUUAUGUGGAAAAUAAAUAAGCGGACAUGCGAUGGUUUUACCGUAACGACAACGCAUAAAAACAGGCGCUUGUCCGUCUGCAGUGUGGUUAUAUUAAAUAUAAGAGAAAGAGAGAACUUUAAGGAACUAAUAUGGCCACUACAGUGACCAUCAAAACGAUGAAAAAAUAUUGCCGUAAACAGUUUAUUUUGCGACACCACUAAACAAACGAUAGCGUAAAAUGAAACGAUAGAUGUUUUUAUAUCAUCCGAUAUAUAUCGUUAUAUCGAACAGCCCUAUCGAAUAAUGGAUCGAAUCAAUAUGGGACCUUUUGAAUCGAAUCGAUUCUAGAAAUCAGUGAUGAUACCCAGCCCAAUAACAAGCUAACACGUUGACGCCGUGCAGCCCCACGCAGGGGCGUCUGAGCUAACUGGCUAACGGAGAGUUGCCGUGUUAAUGCGGUUAUGGCAUUAACGUCAUUUUAACGAGAUUAACGCUGAUAGCACUAACCAAAACACAAUCUCCCCCCCCCCCCAAAUUUAGUUGACUCUGCAAUGAAAGCUGAGUUCAACAGGCUUAAAAUCCUAUUUUUUGCACCAAAAUGGGGGAUUCCCAUAGAACUGGCAUAUGCUGGCAUAAAAAACAAAACAAGAAAACAACCUCGCUGUUAAAGAGAAGCUCUUGACCAAAACAUGCAAAUGAUUAACCAGUUGGACGUUUCUGAGUUUCUGGAGCUUGACCCCACCCAAACCAUUCACCUUCCGGUCAGCAAACGCUUUUACUUGCACAACACACCCAUUUGUUCUCAUUUCUCUGCUCAUCGAACUCUGUCAGAGUUACCUGGGGAUCUGCCACAUUUAGAUUCACCAGAUAUUAUUUGAGUGACACUUCUUGCCAGAUGACUGACCUCUUGCCAGUGGUGGUGGUGCAUGGAGGGGCAGGGUUUGUCCCAAAGGAGCGGUCGGAACUGUCCAUUUCAGGGGUUUGUGCAGCAGUGCGGACGGGGUACGCUAUCCUCAAGGGAGGGGGCAGCAGCAUGGAUGCUGUGGUGCAGACUGUGAUCCAGUUGGAGAAUAACCCUGCCUUCAAUGCAGGCUGUGGGUCAGUGCUGAACAUCAAAGGAGAGGUGGAGAUGGACGCUAUCGUGAUGGAUGGCAAAACACUGGCAAGCGGAGCAGUGUCCGCAGUACGCAACAUAGCUAACCCCAUCCAGCUAGCAAGACUUGUUAUGGACAAGACCAGUCACGCGUGUCUGACAGCCAAAGGUGCUAAUCAGUUUGCUCGAUCCAUGGGGAUCGAGGAGGUCCCCCAGGAGUCCCUCAUCACUGAGUAUUCCCGCAUGCGCUGGAGGAAGAACCUUGCACCUGAUGCCAACCCUGUGGAGUGCCAAAUGGGGAAGACAGGCACGGUUGGUGCAGUAGCAGUUGACUUAGAGGGCAACGUAGCCUGUGCGACUUCCACUGGUGGGAUGCUGAACAAGAUGGAAGGUCGGGUGGGUGACACCCCCAUCAUAGGGUCUGGAGGCUAUGCUGACAACCAGUCAGGAGCAGUGUCCACCACAGGCCACGGUGAGACCAUCAUGAAGAUUACACUGGCCAGACUCAUCCUGUUCCACAUGGAGCAAGGUCGGUCGGUAGAAGAUGCCAGUGACUUGGGCCUGGCCUGUAUGCAGUCCAGACUUGGGGGGCUAGGCGGGGUAGUGACAGUGGAUCCUCAGGGCCACUGGGCUGCCCGCUUCAGCAGCAAAUAUAUGUCGUGGGCUGCAGCCCAGAGGGAUAUUAUGCACUAUGGCCUGUACACUGGAGAACACUUCACCCAAAGCAUCAACUGAUGGAUGUUGUUGUUCUCUUUUUUUAACUAUCAUUUUAAGGGAGAAUUUGAUACUACUUGGACAACAAAAGAAAUUCAGUACAAGUUUAUCCAGGUGCUAAGAUAGAUGGUCAUUGUGUAUUUGAUUAAAACACAAAGCUAUAACACAAAGUGUUUUUAUCUGCAAAGGCUUACAGAGCCUAUGAAUUCUAGGCUGGAACUAAUUUCAGAUUACACUCUUAAAGCUCCUGAUCUUUAAUGCAAUCUUAACAUUGCCUUAGUGCUUGUAUGUUAGCAAUCACCAAUCACAUCAGGCCUAGCAAGGGCAUUAUUUAGGAUAAAUGAUAUUAAGCAAUAAGUUCAAAAUCACCAGUAAGUCAUGUGUAAAUGAUUGUUUUUGGCAGUAUUGUACCAGGGCCAUGAACAGUUUUUUUUAUUGUAUGUUCAUUAAGUUGAGGUUUCAAGUGAGUCUGUGCAGGAAGCAAAGUGGACACGAGUCCUGCAGGUCCUGUACAGGACUUAAGAACUCCAAGCCAUUCAUUUGAUCUCAUUUCUUAAGAGUGAAAUUACAGAGUUGUUUAAAUUUCUUGAUUUUUCGUGAGAUUUUUUUUAAAUGAAUGUAAUUUUGAAUGUUUGAAUGGCAAUCACUGCAAAAUCAAUCGGAAACUGAAAAUGUGGUGUGGGGUGGAGACUUUAAAUAAACUGAAUCGUUUGUGAUUAUUUGUGAAUGUGAUCUUCAGAUGUUUUAUUUUUACUGUUUUUGUGUUAAUGUGAUGCCAGUGUAAAUUACUGAACUAGUUUAUAACCUCUUCAACUUCCACUAAUCUGCUCUUUGAUGACGUUGUGCAAUCAAGUAUUGUGAACAUUUUAUAGAGAACUGCUGCCUUGCUGCUUUAUGUGUGUCUCAGGGUCCACCUUGUGACUGCAGCAGUGUUAAAUGUGCUGGGGGAUGAACUGACCCAGUGUCUGUGAAGAGCUGCUGAUCAGAUAAUGAUUGUUAAUACUGAUGCUUUGUGUUAGAAAAACACUGAAGAUGACAAUAAAUGCCUUUAAUCCCUGAA